AACAGCCUGCACAGACACGCAAGGCAAACGCACAGGUGUCCCACUCACGCAGGUCGAGCUUUCAGUCCGCGCGACGCUGCUCCGCGCACAACCACGAGCCGUACGCGGCCCACGCGGAGCACGCGGGCUGCACCGUCUACUGCUACUUCUGCUACUGCUGCUACUGUUGCUGCCUCGCGCUCCUCUCCUUCUCUCUCUUCCUCCUCCUGUCUCCGCUUCAUAACACCGUGUCCUUCCCCACACUUUCCUCAAAUACGGCUUCACCUCCUUCCUCCCCCUCCCUCUCCCUUCCACGAUCAUCCUCUCCCCGUUUGGAUGACCUUUCCUGUGCCUCUCCUGGCAUCAACCUGACGUCUCCACUGAAGUGUCCACCGCCACCUUGCGUUGGUUCCGCCCAGGUCUUCUCAUCUCGGGUGCUCACCAAAUCUGAUCCUCUCACCUCCUCCUUUCAUUGCUCUUCCACCUCCUCCCCGCCUCCCCCUCGUCCCAUCCUGUGCCGCCCAUGGCCUUCGUCACAAUCUCUUAUCUCCCUGCUCCUCUGCCCUCCCAGCUUCGGGGAUCAGGUCUUGUCCUACGCCUCCACCUUGGAUCACAUUCCCUCUGGUCCGGCUCGACCCAGGACUCUGUUACGACAGCAGAGUCUCCAGCAGCCUCUCAUCCACCCGCCUGGCCCCGGCCUUGGUCAGCCGCCCACCACAUCCCAGAGCUUGGGACAAUUACACACAGCACCUGGACAACCAGGGGCAGGUGGGGGAGGAGGCACGAGCGGUGACGGUGGUGGUGCAGGUACCGGAGGUGGCCCCCGGGGGGCGCGGGCCGGUCCGGCCGGCGCAGGAGCCUCUCGUUACAGAGGCGGUGGGUCAGGAAGUCGCUCGCGGGCCAAUCCUGGAAGCUGGGAUUACAUGAUGGACCAGAUGCGGAACCGUGGCCUGGACGUCAAGUCCUUCAUUGAAGGCAAGAUGGUGGUCCUGGCUUUGGCCAUAGGUGUGGCCGAGCAAGAUGACUUUGCCAAUAUCCCUGACCUGCAGGAGGCAGCACAGGCAGCACCGCCGCCGGCCAAUCAGGAGCCCCCUCCUGAGAAGAGGGGAAACAAACCAGCUAACAGCCCUAAGGGCCAACCCCCGGAUGCUGACGGUCAGUCCACUGUAACUGACCUGGCCAAUUCUCUCACUGGAGACAUGGUGAUGUUAUCCCCAGGCUCGGAGGACGACGACGGUGAAGGGCCAAUCAGUGAGAAGCUCGGGCGCAUCCAGUUCAGCAUAGGCUACAGUUUCCAGAACACGACUCUCACUGUCAAAGUUCUCAAGGGUCAAGACCUGCCGGCCAAAGACUUCUCUGGCACCUCCGACCCUUUUGUCAAGAUCUACCUGCUGCCUGACAAGAAGCACAAGCUGGAAACAAAGGUCAAGAGGAAAAACCUCAACCCCCACUGGAAUGAAACGUUCCUCUUUGAAGGCUUCCCCUACGAGAAGGUCAGAGAGCGCACACUUUACCUGCAGGUGUUGGACUAUGACCGCUUCAGCAGGAACGACCCCAUUGGAGAGGUGUCAAUCCCCCUUAAUAAGGUGGAACUGGGUCAACUGAAGACCUUCUGGAAAGAGCUCAAGCCCUGCAGUGACGGCAGUGGGAGACGAGGUGACCUGCUGGUGUCUCUCUGUUAUAAUCCCACUGCCAACACCAUCACUGUGAACAUCAUCAAAGCGCGUCAUCUCAAAGCUAUGGAUAUCGGGGGAACCUCAGAUCCAUAUGUGAAGGUGUGGCUGAUGCACAAGGACAAGCGCGUAGAGAAAAAGAAAACCGUGACGAUGAAGCGCUGCCUGAACCCCGUCUUCAACGAGUCCUUCCCCUUCGACGUGCCCGCCCAUGUGCUGAGGGAGACCACCAUCAUCAUCACUGUCAUGGACAAGGACAGGCUCAGCCGUAAUGAUGUCAUCGGGAAGAUCUACCUGUCAUGGAAGAGUGGACCAGCCGAGGUGAAGCACUGGAAAGACAUGCUCGCUCGACCACGUACCAACGUCGCCCAGUGGCACUCUCUCAAGGCCUGAUUUCGCCACCCAGCUUCCUUCAUGGCCACUGUCGUCCUCCUGUCCCCCUCCUCCCCUUCUCCUCUUCUCCCCUCUCACUCCCGUCCUUAUGCACAAGACUGACUUGCUGCCAGGCUGCAAAACACGGGUACAAUUAGCCAUCUGCUCUCUUAAACCUUUAAAGUCUUUUCUUUUUCAAUCUCUAUUUCUCUCCGACCAGUCACCCCUCGCCCGCGCCCUCCUUUGAUUAAGCCGUGUUAUUUCUCGCCACUUUGCCGACGGUCUCAGACUCUCCGCCUGUCUGUCUGUCUGUCUUUCAGCCAGUCGUUAUGCACCCUGUCUAUGUCUGAUGUUCACUCGCUUUGUCGACUCUGUGGUUGUGAACUGCAGCCUCUGAUCCAGUCACGGUUCCAGUCUCCUGGACUGACUGAAAAUCCCCCAAAUAUAAUCCAAACUAAUGAUAUCCUGACAUGAAUAUUCCAA